AUGUGGUACCGCACAGAGGAGCACGCCAGCCGUGCUCUUAUCUGGCAGGCGUCGGAAUAUAUUUUGACCAUCUGCACCCAGCUGAUGAUGUACACCAUCGCCAAACAUGCUGAAUACCACAAUGGCUUGGCAGCUUGGCGCGCUAUAUCAUUGUUCCUUGGCGCAGCGACUAUGGUUGGCGCCGUGGCCUGCUUCUUUGUUCUAGGCACGCCGGGAGAAGUCCGAUGGCUCAGCAAAGAAGAAAAGCGCAUGGCGUUGGCUCGAGUUGCAGAAAACAAGUCUGGUCAUGAUACCACGGGCGUGAAAUGGUCCUGGCCACAAGUUGCCGAAGCCUUUAAAGACCCCCAGAUGUGGUUCUCGUUUCUCAACGCAUUUUUGAACAAUGUUCCGAACGGCACAUUGAUUUACGAAUCCUUCGGCUUCAAUACCUGGGAAACGAUCCUUUAUGGUCUGCCUCGGAACGUUCCAUCGAAUGUUGCAGGUGGAACUAAAAAGACAGUGGUCUCGUCGAUGACCUUCAUUGGCUACUGUGCUGGAAACAUGGUAGGCUCUCAGGUUUUCAAGACCAACGAUGCGCCGCGAUACGUCAAGGGAACUGUGGCUUGUUGUGUUGCCCUUGGGCUCGAAGCUAUUGUUCUCCUACUAUGGAGGUUAUGGUAUAUGUACGAGAACCGGCGGCGUGACAUUGCUGCCGCAGAAAGUGGCAUUUCGAAAGAGGAACAAGAACGCUUAGGCCGUGAGAUGGGUGAGCAAGACAUGACCGAUUGGGAAAACCCUCACUUUAGAUACAGCAUGUAG